CAAUUUUCAGGUUAGGAAUGAAUACUGAUUGACAGCGGUAGUAUGAUUAUCAGGAAAUGUUUAGUGUUGACACUUUUGCUACAGCUUGAUUGCACCAUACGUCGUUGUUGGGCUACAGCUGAAGCAACCUUCGAUUUUAGCAUUGAACUACCUUUUAUGGCUACCGCAUUUGUGCAAACAGGAGACGAACUACAUUAUUUUUCGGAUAUUGGAUAUCAUGAUUCUUUGGCUAGUGGUGCGCCCUUAAAAAGUGACGAUCAGAAUGGAGUAAUGCUUAACAAUCAGUUACAGUUCACUCCUAGUGAAUUGCAAUUCGAUGAACAGUCAGUGGGGAUGGCAAAACAGCAGGAAGUUCGAGUGCACAAUCCAACUGCUUCAACAGUUCGGUUCGAUGCGAUUUCUGGAUCCACCGUUCAUUUUCACUGCUCAUUUCCUGAACAUAAGACCGUGAAUCCUGGUGAGUCAACUACUUUCAGCGUAGUUUUUCUGCCUCGACAAGAAGGCUUGAUCGAAAAUGUCCUCAUUGUGCAUUCAUCACUGGGAUCAUUCACUUAUUCGGUUAAAGGUAAAGGCAAGGGGAGUCCUUAUCGAAUACGCCCGUUAGUUGGAGCGAAAAUACCGGUUAACGGGACAUUGGUAUCACCAGUUCAGCUGCACAAUCCUCAUCCGACAACGUUGCGCGUUACAGAAGUAUAUACCAGUGAUGUUGAUUUACAUUUGGAACUGCCAGACGUUGCUCCUGAAACUCAGUAUCCAGUUUCAUUAUGGGAUAUUGCUCCGUAUGAGACGAAGACUGUAAUGAAUGCGAAACUACUUGGAGCACGUGAACGAAAUUCCAGUGCGUAUAUAAAAAUUAAAACUAAUCGGAAAAGACAUAAAGUGAUUGACGAGCGGUUAUCAGAGGAUUCAGUUCAGACGAAUCUUGGCUUGGAACACGUCGUAGACACACUUAUUGUUCCUGUAGAGGUAGAAAUUACGAAAAAACGUGGAUUAUAUGCUACGGUAGAUUUGUUAGAUUUUGGUUUGAUUCGAUCCGGUGAUAAAUCUUCUGUAUUAAUGUUGGAAGUCGUUUCUACACUUGAAAGAGGCAUCGAAAUUGAGAAUCUUUAUGUGGAAAGCAAUGAAAAGCUCAAUGGUAUUUAUAUGGAAUUCGCUUCAAAGCCGCCAAUUUCUGUGAAAUGUGGAGCCAGACAGCAACCUGGCGCAUCAAAAGCGAUAGCAAAAAUUAUAUUCGACACGAAAUUAUUGCGUAUCAAUGAGGAGGGGCCAAAGUUGGUUCAUUAUAAGGGAAGAAUUGUUGCUGAAAGUCGCGGUGGCACUUGUAACGUUACCAUACCAUACACAGCACAGGUUUACUACGGUUCGAUAAAACCGAAAGUGGAAGAAACAGCAUUUCAUAAUCUUCUAAAGCCUCCUGUCUCACGAAGCAUUUCAUUAACUAACGAUUUACCAUUUGGAGUUGCUGUAUGGAAAAUAACUUUAAAUGCAGAAGCACAAAGAUUUUUUAAAGCAAAGUUGAUUUCAAAUGUGGUAAUGAUAGCUGCCGGCGAGACAAAGUCCGCCAUAUAUUUGCAAUACGUAAGAAAGGAACGAGAUGGUUUUGCAGCAUUUUUCAAUGCUCAUACCAAUGUUACGACAUUUCAAAUACCAUUGGUUAUAUUCAGUGGCAAACUGAAGGUAGUUUUACACUCAUUACAUCAGAAGGAAUUCAAUUUUGGUUUGAUUGAUGCUGGUGAUAGCCGCUCAAUUCAGUUUUCCAUAACAAACGAGAAUCCAGUUGCCAUUAUUAUAAAGAAUUUAAAAAGAGCAUUACCAUCAAUAACGACAUUGUCAUUAUUGACUGUACAAGCUGAACAAAGCUCGAUCUUAAAUUUGACAAACCUUAAAAAAUCAGACUUUUCGGGAUCUUAUCGAGAGGGUGAGGAUUUUCCAUUACCUGGCUCUAGUUCUGCGGUCUUCAGAUAUACUUUGCGAGCUCCAAAUGAUCGUGCGGUUUUGCAUGAUAAAUUCGUCAUUGAAACUGAUUUUGAAUAUUCCUCAUUCCCGGUGACUUAUGCAGUUGGUCAAGGUACAAUAGUAGCAGUACCCGAAGAACUCGUUUUUCCUGAUACAUUUCCUGGACGUAUUAGUUCACAUUCAUUGAAGGUAUUUAGUACCUUUGAAGAAGAUAUGCGUGUUUUGCGAAUUUCUUCAUUAUUCAAUGAUCGCAAAGUGUUUUUUGAGGCGGCAAUUCGAGGAAGUACUCCAGUAAUCAGAACUAAAGCACUCUCUGAUCUCGGCCGUGUGCAUGUCAUACCAAGUAUUAGUUGCACAGACGACUGUUACGUCGGUAUGCCCCUGCACACGGCCGACGGGCAGUGGUUUACAUAUGGCAUGAAAUUACCACAGAAUCUGGCUGAAAUCGAUUACUAUCUGUACAGCAGAUUACGGCGAAGAUUUCAUGCGCUGCAAGCUGAAGGCAAACAUUGCAUGAAUGGAACUAUCAUUAUUGAUACCGAUAAGGUCAAGCACUUGGAAGUACCUUUGGCCUCAGAGCUUAUUUGGCCAAGGCUUUUAACUCGCUCCACUGUUCAUUUCCCUCUGACGGCUGUGGGAAAUUUUACUAUAGUCAAUUUAACAUUAACAAAUCCAUCGUCGUUACCAAUUGCUGUGCAGUUGUUGCCAUUGGUUGUUUAUCCCGAUGCUGACACGUUGAUUGAUUUUUUCCGGAAUGAGCUGGAUUCACCACUUACAGACCCAAUUGAAAUGAAUGAAACGUUGAUGUUUUCGUUACGAGAUACGGAACUAUUCACUUUAAAACCUGAUAGUCCGGUACCGAAAUUAAGAGAACAACUGGAAAGCGUUCUUGGAAUACCGAUUCCAAAAUUUACCUUAUCGAUGUUGCUACAACCGAGAAUGAAGGUACGUGUUCGUGUUGGAUUCUUACCUUCUGAUUAUGUUCUUCGUUCGUCGCUACUUUUAAUUCGUAAUAACCUAACGGUCCUGGAACCAGUUGUACUAUAUGGUCGCGGAGCACGCAUGGAUAUGCAAGUAGAGGGUCGUGCUGCAAGAACUCGCGAUCCAUUAACUUUUGAAAUACAACCGCAUCAUCUUUCAGAUUGUCACAAUCCAAAACGUUUAACGCACAAACUUUUCACAACACUCACUGUAAAACGUUCCUUUACCAUCAUGAACACCGGCGAAGUAGUAUUUACUGUCGUCAACAUAAGUAUCAAUAAUGUUCCUUGCGAAAAUCGUGGUUUUCGCAUUCUGAACUGUCAGCCAUUUCGUCUUGAACCGAAUGAAACACACAUUUUGGAUGUCGCGUAUACGCCCGAUUUUUUAAUAUCAUGGAAUGAGGCUGCAUUGCAGUUUUAUAUGCACAUGAACGGGACAUCUUGGUUGUUCCCAAUGGGUGCAUCUGUACCACGCCAUAUGUUAGCCAAAUGUCAUGCAGCUUUGCCACGACCACCUUUUGAAUGUUUUAUGUAUUACUCCUGCUUAUCUGUUUUAUUGUUUUGCCUUAUUUGUAUCGUUGCUUGUGCAUAUCUGGAAGGUGAUAGAACGAUAACAUGCGGUAUAAGGCAGCAAUUUGGCCAGAUACGGCGAGUCUUAGAUCCGAACACUACUGAUAUGCGACGCACUCGUGAUAAGGGACUCUGUUCUCUAUCAAAAUUCAAACCGUCAGCACCUCGUCGGCAUGUUUUGCACUAUUCAGAAGAUUCUAAUUUGUUGAUACGCUCAUUCUGGCAAGCAGCAAACAGUGUUCUGUGGUUGUUUUCGUUCGUGUGGCAGUUCCGUGGUGAUGAUACACGAGUAACAGUAAAACAAGUAAGAACACGUCAGAAAAAAACACUGAUUAAAUGUCAUGGUGAUUCGACCUUUUCUACUAAAGGUGCUUCUUUGAAUAGCGGUAAAUCAGCAUCGACGCCAUCUGAUUCAUCCAACAUAACAGCCGGUGGUGGAUCGAGUGCAGUAGAAAAACGAUACGGCUACAAAAGUCUGUCAUCGUAUUCGAUCGGACAUGCAUCACAUAGUAUUAAUUCUCAAAAGAAUGUAUCUGUCAAUGGAGUGUGCAGAUCCUCAAAGGAAAAGGUAAGCGCAGAAAGAACAUCUUUUCUAAAGACGAGAGAAACGAAAGAAAAUCGCGCAGGUUCAAGUAGAUUACGAUCUAGAGCUGUCUUGGAAGCUGCUACUGUUUCGUGUCCUUCAGGCAGUUCUGACAGUCAUGUCAAGAAUACAGACCUAGUCAAAGAUGAAAGCCCAAUUUCACGGGAUACUAAGAAACCAGAGCACAAUUACAUAUCGCAUAAUGUUGCCGUUCUUCAGACUACAGAAGAGAGCAAAAGUAGUUAUAACUGGCUUUCAAUGCAUCGUGAAAAGUCUGUUGAUGAAAGAUCAGAAGCGGGACUGAGUGAUGCGAGUGCCCCACCAGAGUGGGUAGACGGUCCUGCUAUAAUAAAUGGCAAUGCCUUAGCUGAUGCUACUGAACGUUUAUUCUUAUCGGAAAAAAAAUUGUCAGCACAGCAGUGUUCAGUAGGGCCAUCUCUACCGUCAUCUGUAACCGUCGUCCACCCAACUCGAUUGGAACAAAGAAUGGAUCCGCAAAGAAAACAAGAAGUUUUUUCUGGACAUGUUUUUUAUCUGGAGUUUAAAUUCUACCGUAAAAUUUCGGGUCCAAUUGGUUCUCAACGAAAUAAUGGCAAAAAGGGAGGUAAUCGGCCAAGUGCGUUCAUCGAACAGUUACAGAGAGAACGAAAACUAGCGGAAGAUCAAUAUUUGAGAAAUAAAUGGGUGAUUGAGGAAAAAGAUGAGGUUUGGCCAGGUUUUAAUCUUAGAUUGCCGACACUAGCGGAAUAUUUCUGCGAUCAUGAUCAUGAUAAACAAGGAAACAGUGAAAGUGUUUGGCAGAUGCCACCGAUUUCCACUAGCAAUAAUUGGUCGCAAGCAACAACAAACGAUUUUGUUCAACAACUGCCAACCUCAGACGGUGCAUGUAAUUGUCUUGCAGAAUCAGUUCGUGCAUUUAGGCUUAAUCCAGAAGCGCCACCAUUUAUUAUCGAAAAUUCAUCGAAUUCUCGUCCUCGACGUCCUCGACCAACAAAUUUAGCAGCAGAACCAGUUUUUCCGUCACCGCACCAAUUGCCAUCACCUCGACAAACAAGAUUCGAUCACGUACACAGAGUGCACCAUCAUAAUACUUUUAUCGAUGAUCCACUAGGAUUGUCUGGAAGUCUUUUUGGUCGAGGUUCGGCAAACAUCUGGGCUAGCGACCCACGUUCAACAUCCGGAGUAGUAUCUCGGGACAAUAGAUCCGAGCUAGACCCGAACUCGGGUGCUGUUUACUGGACCGAGAUGACCUUAGCUGAUGAGGAGAGAGAGAAGUGUCCGUAA